AUGCGGAUUAGCAAAACUGCCUUUUUCUUUCUUUUCUUGCUCAGCUCAGUGAAAGGAGGCAUACUCGAUGACUAUUUGAGAACAGAUGGUGUUUGGAUACUUACUCGAAAUAAACAGCAUUACAAGGCAAAUAAUGAAGAAGAAUGUGCAGGGAGAUGUGAAGCAGAAAGAAAUUUUAAUUGCAGGGCCUUCCUAUUCACCAGGAAAAAGCUGCAAUGUUUAACACUGGCUGAAAAUACCAAAAUGACAGUGGUGUUCAACAGUUCGGAUGCAGUUCUUUAUGAGAAGCAAAUUUACUUUCUACAAUGUAAAAGAGGGAUUGGGAAGGACUACAGAGGAACAGAAGCCAAAACUCGGAGGGGUAUUCCAUGCCAGAACUGGGCGGAAAAAGCACCCCACAACCCAAAGUAUACACCCGAAAAACACCCCAAUGCAGAGUUGGAUGAAAACUACUGCAGAAAUCCUGAUGGAGAUGAAAAUGGACCCUGGUGUUACACAACAGAUCCUGCUACCAGAUUUGAUUACUGUCACAUCCCAGAGUGUGAGGGCCAGGUCACGCACACUGGAGAAGCUGGUGAGAACCUUGCUUUGUUUUCAUCCUGCCUAGGCCCUACAACGGAAUGCAUGCAGUGUAAUGGUGAAGACUACCGUGGAGAAGUUUCUAGAACAGAGUCUGGGCUUGAGUGCCAGCGCUGGGAUGCCCAAGAGCCUCAUAUCCAUGGAUUUACCCUGAAGCACUUUCCUGAGAAGGAUCUGAAGAUGAAUUAUUGCCGUAAUCCUGAUGGCGAACUUCGACCCUGGUGUUUCACUACCAGCCCUACUAAACGCUGGGAAUAUUGCAACAUUCCUCGUUGCUCUACGCACCCAUCAGUUUCUGGCUUGGACUCCCAGUGUCUUUCAGGGAAGGGAGAAGACUAUCGAGGCAGGAUAGCCAUCACUGAAUCAGGAAAUGCCUGCCAACAUUGGAGCACACAGUUUCCUCACAAACAUGGCUGGAUUCCUGACAGAUAUCCCUGCAAGGGCUUAGAGGAAAACUACUGCAGAAAUCCUGAUGGAGAGAAGAGGCCCUGGUGCUACACCCUGAACAGCAGCAUUCGGUGGGAAUAUUGUGAAAUUCCCCAGUGUGAGGGGACGGAACAAGAGAUUACUGAUGUACCGAUGCUCGUUCCCCUGCUGGAGGAAUGCUACCGAGGCAAAGGCCAGAGUUAUCGUGGCACAGCUUCCAUCACUGCAUCAGGAAAAAUAUGCCAGGCUUGGAACUCCAUGUUCCCACAUAGGCAUGAAAAAACCCCGGACAGAUUCCCAAAUGCGGAUUUGAGGGGCAACUAUUGUAGAAAUCCAGAUGGUGACAGGAGCCCAUGGUGUUUCACCACUGACCCCAAUGUGAGAUGGGAGUAUUGCAAUCUCAAGAGGUGUGAUGAUCAUAUACAAGAGCUGGCACCAAAUGACCCCCCUGAAACAGCAGCACAAAAUGUUGGCCUGAUUACGCCCAUCACAUCUGACUGCAUUCACGGUAAUGGUAAGAACUAUCGUGGCACAGUAGCGAAAACUGGAGAGGGCAGGACUUGUCAAGAGUGGGCUUCUCAGAAACCUCAUAGCCAUAAAUAUUUCACUCCGGUGACUCAUCCAAGAGCAGGCCUGGAUAAAAAUUAUUGCAGGAAUCCUGAUGGAGAUGAAAAUGGUGUUUGGUGCUUCACAACAGACCCAGAAAAAAAAUGGGAAUACUGUGAAAUUCCACGCUGCUCUUUUGAGCAUGAUUGUGGAAAAGUCCCAAUGAGACAUGAGCGAAUCUGUGAGCGAUAUAACAUGUGUGACUCAUCUCCGGGGUCUUGGCCUUGGCACAUCAGUCUCAGGAUGAGUACCAAUGUGCACCAUUGCGCUGGCGCUCUGAUACAUCCACAGUGGGUCCUUACUGCAGCUCAGUGCUUGCAAGAGUCAGAAGAACCUACUUCCUAUAGGGUGUUUCUUGGGAUACAGAAUCUCAAUGCAAUAGAGUCAUCCCUGCAAAUCCGAAGUGUUCAGAAAAUAUUAAAGGAACCAACUGGAGCAGACAUUGCUUUGCUUAAGUUGAACAGUCCUGUAACAAUUACUGACCAUGUAAAACCAGUUUGUUUGCCUGAAACUGAUCUGACGGUAGAAAGAAGUGCAAUGUGUUUUCUAACUGCCUGGGGAAAAGCAAGAGGUACCGAUGCAGACAACAGAUUAAAAGAGGUUGAAUUACCUGUGCUUGAAAACAGAAUAUGUAAUCGACCUGAAUUUCUGAAUGGAAGUGUCAAAAAUCACGAAUUUUGUGGUGGAUUUACUUUUGGAAGCAUAGCCAACUGUGAGGCUGAAGUUGGAGGACCUCUGGUCUGCCAAGAUAAGGACAGAUUUGUCCAAUAUGGAGUCACCUCUUGGGGACUGGACUGUACCCAGCCAUCAAAGCCCGUUUUUGUCAGAAUUCCUAGUUUUGCUUCUUGGAUCAAGAAUGUAAUAGUUGCCCACUGA